UUAAUAUUUUUGCAUUUCAGCAAAAAAAAUAUUUUUUGUUUUAAGUGCUUUUGAGAUUAAUGGAAUCAUUUGCUCUACAUUCUCUGCGCAUAACGAGGAAUUUUUGGGAAACAAUUUACUUUACAGGCAUACGUAACUUCCAGCAGCCAAAUGGCAAGAAUCGGGCCCGACAGCAGGCGAAGCUGGAUCGUGGCUGUGGCCUGCUUCUUUGUACAGGUGCUCACCUUCGGCCUCACUGAAGCUUCUGGUCUUCUGUUUGUGGCCACCAUUGAGAAAUUCAGUUCCAGGAGGGAGCAGGCUUCACUUCCGUUUACCUUAGCUUACUGCGUCAGAAGUGCAAUAGGCCCUUUCGUAAGCUAUUUGGGACAAAAAUUUGGAAUUCGCCAAGUUACACUAUUUGGAGCUGUUUUAUCUGCUAUAUCUGUUGGCACUUGUUUCUUUGCAAAUGACAUCAUCGAUCUUACUCUACUGUGGGGAUUAGUAUUUGGCUUUUCGUUGGGAAUGGAAACUUCAAUGCUGAAUGUGAUUCUUAAUGAGCACUUUAUAAAGCACAGAGUGAAAGCAAAUGGUUUAAAUAUCUCCGGAGCAUCUCUGGGUACUUUGCUGUUGUCUCCCCUCAUCGAAAACUCAGUAGAAGCCUAUGGACUUUCUGGAACGUUCCUGAUUAUUGCUGGACUGAUGCUGAACAGCAUUCCAGCUUGUGUGGUGAUGCUGUUAAAUAUGCCAGCUGAGGAUGACCCAUCAUCCGAAAAUAAAUCACCUGAAGCUGAAAAUAAUAUUGACAUGAUAAAAUGUGAUAACAAUUCGCUGGCUGCGCUUUGUGAAAGUACAGUUAUUUAUAAAUCUAUAGAAAAGAAUAAUAAUGACAAAAAUACAAAGACUGACUGCCUAAUCGGGAGUUACAAAAAGAGAAACUCGGAUUUUUCAGAAAUAAAUAGAACUCCUUCAGUUAUACUUGAUGUAUCUCAACUACCAAAUGCAUCUAAAAAUUACAAUCACAUAGAAAACAAUUAUUAUCAUUGGUUCUUAAAAAUGUUUUCAUCAUCUUCCUCAUGUCAUAUCAAAUCAUACAAAGUUCAUGCAAUCGAUGUUCCUAAAAGCACUAUUCUCUCCCAUCCUACAUUAAACGGCGAAAUUCUUAAAAAGGAACCAAAAGUAAUCCAUCAAAAUGGUGAUCUACCGAACGGUCAUGCAUCAAAAGAGUUGUUAUAUGUAAAUAAAGUUGAUUGCGAGAACCAUCAUGAACCAUCAGUCAUCAAUGAUAUAUCAUCUGAAGCCUCAUCUUCGUCAUCAUCAAAAUGGAAAAUUUAUCUUUUAUUUUGCCAACCGAUUUACAUAGUUUUAGUUAUAGGCUCUGGCAUCUACUACUUUUCCAUAACAACUUUCUUGACCAUCAUCGUCGACCAUGCAACAGACAUUGGCAUAUCUUUGACGUAUUCUACGUACCUCGUCAUGUGGAUAGCUGUGUCCGACAUGUUCGGCUAUUUUACUUUGAGCUGGAUAAUUGAGCGUUGCAAAAUCUCUCAAAUUAAAUUCGCAGCCUUCAGUUACCUCGGUUUGUGUUUAAUAUGCAUUGCUAUAGUCUGGUGUCAGAACUAUAUUGUGCUGCUUGUCCUUAUUACUGUCUUUGAAUUUAGUCAGUGUGGGGUUAUCGUUCUGUGUGCUCCAAUUGUGGCCGAACUCAUAGAAGAGGAUCUUCAAGCAACUGCUAUUGCAUCAGUGACCAUUAUGUCUUCUCCAAUCACAAUGGCAAUAGCCCCAAUAAUAGGUUAUUUCAGAGACGGUGGAGGAUCUUAUGAUGGUGUUUUCUACGUCAUGAGCGCAGCCACUUUCUUCUGCUGCAUCUUAUUUCUGUUCUUGCCAAUACUGGAAAGGCGACGAGAUAGCCGAAGAUCCACAACCUGAGUUCUUACUAAAUCUCUCAAUGUGGCUUUAUAAGAGAAGAAUUUAGGAAGAAAUCUGAAUUAGAACUGAAGAUAACCCAAACUGGCAAAUUGUGGUUAUGAAACUGUUUUCUUUAUUCCGUAAUUGUUAUUUAGGCUAGUAGUCACCAACUGUAGCAAUAACGAUUCACUGAGGUAAUGAAUUAUCUGUAUAAGCAUGUUAGAGUCGGUUCGAAAAUUUUGAAGCAGAGGACUCAGUAUUUUCAAGUUCUGGCAGAACAAAGUCUAAAAAAUGAUAUAUUUCCAUGUAUUAAUGGCGAUAAAUAAUGAAAUAAUAUAUAUGACGACAUAUCACUUUACAAACAUUAAUAAAAAGAUUGGGCAAAAAAAUCCAUAAAAACUUUAAAAAUCUAUAAAGCCCGGAAAAGUAAGCAAAAUAAAAAGUGGUUUGCAGGUAAGUCACAGAAUUUUUUUUUAAGAUAAGGGGGGAAAAAAUAAAUAAAAAUAAAAAAGCCGAUAGGUGGCGUUUUGUACAUAAGUGAAAAAAAAUGGUCCGCAAAUAACAAAAUAAUGUUACCAAAUCACUUAUUAUGUAAUAUGUGUUCCAUGUCCACCACCACAGGUGAUAACACAUUGCAUUGUCUCAAAUCCAGCAACGGUAAAGUGCAGCAUGUCUGGCUGUAUACAAGACAGCUCUCGGCGCAUUAUAUUUUUUGAUUGCAAAAGGUUAGAUGAACGGGAUUGAUGCACCCGGGAUUUUAGAUUUCCCCAUAGCCAAAAAUUUGCUGGUGUCAGAUCUGGAGAUCCAGGAGGCAAUGGAAGGUUGACUUCUGAGAGCUUCCCAUGUACUGUUAGUCCUUGCAGCCAAUUGUGACGCUAAUGUUUCCAUUUCGGCUGCAAUGCGCCGAAUGUGUCUGCCUUAGACUUGGUCGUCCUGGUAAGAAUUUAUAAUCGCCUGUCUCAUUUGCAAAUUUUCAACUAAGUUAUUCGUAUCAGCGCCAUCUAUCGGCUGCUUUUUGUAUUUUUUCUUAUCUUAAAAAAAUUGCGUGAUCAACUAAAAAUUAAACCUGCAAAACCUGCAAACCUUUUGUUAGUUUUGGUUAUUUUUUUUUUUCAGUUUAUAUAAAUUUUUAAAGGUUUUACGGACUUUUUGACCACAUUGUUCAAAUCACUAACAUCUGAUUGAAAUUUGUCUCAUGCUGUGCUGUCACGUCAUUUUCUUUUUCCACCAGCAAGUUAUGGAAUGGAUUCAGAAUUAUGUCAGAAUUGUUCAUUUAAUGUGUUGUAU